AUGUCUUCUGAAGCCGAGAACAGUCGGCGUCGGGUCAGGAAGCCCUUAUUCGAAUACCCGGCGUUACCUGAGUUCCCAAUCUACUUCUCGAUCACGUUUGUCGCGUUAAUAUACGCAUGGUAUUGCGUCUACAACGCCUCCACCAAAUGGACCUUCAGAUUCGGAUUCCCGGCUAGCGUGUCGACGUUGCCGUUGUUGGGGGAGCGCUUCAGGGUUGGUUUUGAGUACAAAUUUGAAGAGAAAUAGUUUUUUUUAAGUGUAUAAUCAGUAAAUCUUGUACAUACAUUAGUAAGGCGAUCACUUGUACUAUUUUAUUAUUUUUCAUCAUUAAAAAGUUGCCAUUUAGGAUGAAUUCGACUGGGAAUGGAACCGUUGGGGCCCUAUGGCUGUCAAGUCCUUUCCUUUUAUGAUUCUCAACAGCAUUGUCUUCAACAUGACUUCAAGAUAUUGUUCUGAACGUGUUUGGAUGUUCUCCACAAUAAUCGUUUCAUUGAUUACAUCGACGAUAUUGUUCACCCAUAAAUUAGUCAUUAUUUCUUUGAUUCAAGGAACUUUCGUGUUUGUGUUAACACAUUACUUUAGGUAUUUCUGAAAAUUUUCUUAAUAUUUUACAUUAUUUAGAGUGUUGUGGUCAAAAACUGUGUAAAUUUUUAAAUUUUUUGUUGUUUUGGACUUUUCUUACAUGUCUUGCAAACGUAUUCAUUUUUCAGAUCAGUAUAUACAGUAUGGAUAAGUUCAAUGCCCAUUCUCUACUUCAUCAUGCAUCACACGAUGGCUUUGUCACCUGACGCUUUCCUGGUGUUACUCUUCGUAUCUUACACUUUACUCUCAUACAUAUCCUUCAAUAUUGACAGAGUUAAGGGUUUCUGUAGGCAAAAUGACAAAAGCCUGUUUGAUCUCUACAUUCGUAUGUUGUUCUACACAUUCUAUCAUCCUUAUUUGGUAUCGUUGAUUGUUUUGUACCGUGAUUUUGAAGCUCAGAUCAAAGAACGACCUAAAAUACGAAGGAAUUGGACGGAUAUUACUGUAUUUGCUUUGAGGUUGCUGUUUUGGGUUGGUGUUAUUGAACUUAUGUUAAGGUACUUUUACUUUGGAGCUAUUUUAACUGAUGUAAACUUUGCGGCAAACUUGCCGAAGAAUGAGUUUGUGGUAAUGGGAAUGGCAAUAGGUAUGUGAUGGUUUAUAGUGUAUUUAAUGUUUUUCUCAUUUUAUUAUUUUUUUUAAUUUUUAAGGUAUAAAAUUUGAUGUUUUAUGACAUUACCUGUCAUAACCAGAGUACCGAAUACAAUCUCUUGCUUUCAGGAAACUUUUUCCACCUAAAAUACGUCAUCAUUUUUGGAAUACCAUCGUUGUUUGCUAAAAUAGACAAGAUGCAGCCGUUGGAUGGUCCUAUUUGUAUAUCAAGGAUAGCAUUGUACUCAAAGAUAUGGAGAGGUUUCGACCGAGGCUUGUACAUCUUCUUUAAACAGUACAUCUUCGUGCCCAUUUGUGCUCCGACCUUCAGUCUGCCGAGGAAAAUAGUCGGAGUGCUGGUAUCGUACUCGUUUGUACUGUUGUGGCACGGAUUUCAGCAUCAUAACAUUGUAAGUCUUCUUGUUUUGUACUUUCUGACAUGCGCUUGAUGUACUUUUAAUAACUAUACCUACAAUUUGGGAUGUGAUCCUAACAACAUCUACAAUUUAGACCUAACAACUAAUUUACUCAAUUUGUAUGAGACUUACAAUCUUACGAACCUAAAUACUAGUUGAAGAUGUUUUGUCUGUCAAUACCUACAAGUUAAAGAUACAACACUUAAUCUAUAGUCUUUGAAUUUAAAAAAAUUUAAAUUUUAGGUCUGGAUAAUGCUGAACAUUAUCGAAUUGUUCAUCGAAUUCACAGCCAAAGCCUUGUACACAGUGCAAGCGGUCAAAAACUUCCGCGAAUCCACCAUAUCCGACCGCAACUUCCGUCGGAUCCUCGGCUUCUGCCAGAUCGUGCCUUAUGCCUUCGGGCUGUAUUCAAAUUUCUACUUUUUGGGAGGAUCCAAGGUCGGCUGGCUGUUUGUACAACGGAUCUUCUGGGAAGAAACAGUAACACUCCGCUGGCCCUUCUUCUUACUCAUCUUCUGUGGCUACAACUACAUGCACGUAACCAUGGAAGCCGAGAAGUGGCUGACGAAACGAAAAAACACAAAAAUUGAUUGA